AAUAGUGAAAAAUCACACGUGACGGAUACUUAUGGCCACGCACUGUCCUUGAUAUCCAAGUCUCAAAAACUCUUUAAACAACGAUCAUUUGAAAGCAUUUUAUAAAGUUAAAGCUCUUUUACGAUACUGAUUUUGGAAAAUGCUGUAAAGAUAUUUGGAGACAAUAAAUUCAAAAUGGGAACCAGAGUAUAUCUUGGGAGACUGUCACAUCAUGCAAGAGAAAAAGAUGUUGAAAGAUUUUUUAAAGGCUAUGGAAAAAUAAGAGAUGUCAUGUUGAAAAAUGGUUAUGGUUUUGUUGAAUUUGAAGACUACAAGGAUGCUGAUGAUGCUAUUUACGAAUUAAAUGGGAAAGAUUUAUGUGGAGAAAGAUGUACCGUUGAGCAUGCUCGUGGAGCUCCUCGAGGUGAUGAUAGACGUGAUGGGGGUAGAGAUAGAGGAGGGUAUAGGGACUAUCCUCCACAGCGUAGACAAGGAGGUAGAGGAGGAAGAGACAAUUACAGAAGGGGCGGCGGCUUUGGACAGAACAGUGGUGGUGACAGAAGGGGCUUUGGACAGAACAACAAUAGUGCUGAAAGGUAUGGACCACCUGCAAGAACAGAGCACAGGUUAAUUGUAGAAAACCUUUCAUCAAGAGUGAGCUGGCAGGAUUUGAAAGACUACAUGAGACAGGCUGGAGAAGUCACAUAUGCUGAUGCCCACAAGCAGCACAAAAAUGAAGGAGUUGUUGAAUUUUCCUCGUACUCCGAUAUGAAAGCAGCUUUGGAUAAAUUAGAUAAUACAGAAAUCAAUGGUAGAAAAAUCAAGUUGGUAGAAGACCGACCAAAAAGUAGUAGUAGAAGCAGAGGGAGGAGGUCCAGAUCUCCAAGUAGAAGCAGAUCCAGGUCAAGAGGAAGAAGGUCCAGGAGUGCAAGUAGAAGUCGUAGCAGGAGUAAAAGUUCAAGAAGCAGAAGUCGUAGUAGAAGUAGGAGUAAAUCCAGAAGUCCAAGUGUAGACCGUAAAGAGGCUUCAAAGUCCAGAUCAAAAUCACCAGAAGACCGUGGAGAUAAAGAUUGACAUUUGGGAGUUGUUUGAUCAUAUUUUGAUGUUUUCAUUUGCCAUUUAAAUAUAUAAACACUUGUGAAUUAUUUAGUGCAUAAGGAUCAAUAGUAGUUAAUGGCAUAAAACAGCAUUUGCUAGAUGAAUGCUGCUUUUGUUGAUGUAAUAAUGUAAACUUUCAGACUUUUUGGGAGCAUGCUAAAUCACAAACCAUUCUUUUAACUUUUUAAUGUUGAAUUUUUUAAUGCAAUGAUGUAAGGGAAAUAUCAUUGUAAAUAUCUUAUAUAUUUUGUAAUGCUGUAUUGAUCAUGUGUAAAUAAAUAUCAUUGAAAAUGUUCAUUAUACUGAGGAAAUAAAAUAGAUUUGCAAACUGUA